UUUUUCCCACGGUAAGCAGACCAAGAUGGCGGUCCCUACAAAACAGUAUGGGCUGAUCUUGCCACAGAAGAAACGAGCAUCAAACACUGCAGUCCUACCGAAGCCCUCUGUGUUUGGGGAUGACUCUGAUGAUGAAACCUCGGUUGGGGAGAGUUUACAGAGAGAAGCUAUCAAAAAGAAGAUGAUGAAGCAGACUCGUUUGGAGAUGCAGAAGGCUCUUGAUCAGGACAGCACCGUGUAUGACUAUGAUUCUGUGUACGACGACAUGCAAAAACAGAAACUGGAGAGCAACAAAAAGGUUCUGGGAGGUGCCGACAGACGGCCGAAAUACAUUCACCAGCUAAUGAAAGCGGUGGAGGAUCGAAAGAAAGAACAAGAGCGAAGAGAGGAGAGAAAAAUUCAGAAGGAAAGGGAAGCGGAGGGGGAGAAGUUUGCUGAUAAAGACGCUUAUGUGACUUCUGCGUACAAGAAAAAACUGGAGGAGCAGAAAGAGGAGCAGGAGAGAGAAAAACGACAGGCAGAGAUCGAAGCUGCUUUGGAUGUGAAGAAACAGAAAGACCUGAGCGGGUUCUAUCGGCACCUCCUGAAUCAGACCGUUGGAGAGGAGGCCAUACCUGAUCGCUCCACAAAUCAAACUUCAAGUGUUUCAGUGAAGACUGAGAGGACGUCGCCGGUUCCCUCGCCCACGUCCCACGAGAACAUCCUAAGUUCGGGAAGCGACGAGGAGGAAGGCCGCCAGCAGAAAACUGCGUUCAGCAAGCCCGCGGGAGGGUCCGGACACUCGAAUCGCCAGUACCGACAGAGGUCGCCUUCAUCUGGGAGCGGAGAAGAGAAGGAGACGGAGAGAGAGCGGAAAAAGAAAAGUCAUCGAGACAGAGAGAGAGAGAGAGACAGAGACAGGCACAGGGGCAGAGACAAGGACGACAGACAUGGAGACAGAAGAAGUGACAACGACAGAAGAAAAGACAGAGAUCGAGGGCGAGACGACGACAGAGGCAGAGGCAGGGGGGACACAGAGAGAGAAGACAGGCACAGAAAGAGGGAGAGGAGCCCCAAAGAGAGGGAGAAAAACACUGAAAGAGAGAAGAGGAGGAAUUCAAACGAUGAGAAACGGAAGGACAAACAUCAGGAAGAYAAGGAGCGAAAGAAGGAACCAGAGAAGGAAAAGAGUUCCGUGAGCAAAUCAAAAGAUGCUGAAAAGGAGCGAUCCGUCAGGGAGGGUUCAAAAGAGGAAGAGAAACCACCGAUGAAAGAAAACGAGAAAGAGGACACAGAGGAAAAGACAAACAAGUUCACAAAGCGCAGCACGGAUCAGACUCUGAGCUCGGCUCGAGAGCGGUACAUGGCGAGGCAGAUGGCUCGUUCAGCCAGUAAGACCUACAUCGAGAAGGAAGAGGACUGAGUCCAGACAAAACCUCUGGUCUCAACCUACAGGACCAUGAAGAGCUAUUCRCUUUGUACUCACCCUCCAUUACCCUUCAUCCUAACUGAAGAUUUAAUUCUAUAGAAGCUGAACAUAAAGCAGAGUUUUUUUUAAUGUCCCUAAAGCUUCUGUAGAAAGGAUUCCUUUUCCUUCACACUAAAACAUCUACUGUAUUCAAACAGCACUGAUGUUUGCUGACAUGUAGAGGAGAAAUCGAUAAGUGAAGUCAGUUUGUUUAAAUCUUAGUCUAAGAAAAACAUUCUGUAAUUAAUCUGUCAUGAAGCAGACUGGMAUCAGUUCUUAGUGACAGGAUUGGAGUGGAGCUUUGAAUUGGUUCUCGAAUUAAAUUCCCGUUGUGUAAAACUGUUUGAGCUUUUGUACAGUUAAAUGUUUAACCCAAAUGCUGAACCAAGAAACCAAGUGUGGAAUAAACUGAACCAGUGAUUUUGUUCACA